AUGAAUGUUCAUAAGGGUAAAGGGAAAGGAAUCCUGCUAAAGAAACCAAGAAAGUUAGAAAAGUAUUUGGUAUGGAUUCUAAAACCGUCCCUACAGCGUGAAUCCGUCCCUAGAAGUAUUGGUGAGGUUUCAAUUGCUAGCAACCAAGCGGCAAUUCCUCCAGGAACAAGUACUGAAAUUCCAAUUCCUGACAACCAAACAACAAAUUCUCCGACGGGAAUCGAUAGUAUCAUCAGUAGAUUGCAGCGUGAUCCAGGAUUACGUCCUCAAAUAUGGGAGUACAAUGUUAAUCACCGAGAUGAGAUUAGGCGAGCAUAUAUUGCAUUCGGUCCAUACCGGCCCAAGAUUUCAACAUAUCCUCUAUCUGGAGACCUGGAAUAUUCUCCUCAUAAAGAUGCAGCUUUUUUCCUACCUUGUUAUCUGUUUACUAAACCAUCAAAUAAUGCUGGGAAGAAUGUUUUUACG